GUAUAUUCCGCUGCUGAGCUUGCAGAGAGCCGACAAGAUAUCCUGCCGGUUGAGCCAGCCAGCCGAUACCAAGACACCCCACAGCGCUUGAAAUUGAAAAGAAAAUCUUAUCUUUAUCAGAGUCUGACCUCUCCUUCGAUCUACCCUUUCUACUUUGGCAGCCAGACUGCCUCUUCAAUUCGAUACCCUUACUACAUUAGCUCCAGCAACCAUCCCCACACUUCUAGCCCUCACCCUUACCACAGGGAUACUAUCAGUAAGCCUCAAACUUCUGGUAUUUACCUCUACCGCAAAGGCACCAGAAGUCACCCUUACACUUCUAGCCGUUACCCUUACUUCGGGCAUACCAGCAAUCAGCCUUACACUUCCAGCCAUUAUCCUUACUACAGUCGUACCAGCAAUCAGCCUUACACUUCCAGCCAUUAUCCUUACAACAGUCGUACCAGCAAUCAGCCUUACACUUCCAGCCAUUAUCCUUACUACAGGCAUACCAGCAAUCAGCCUUAUACUUCCAGCCAUUACCCUUACUACAGGCAUACCAGCAAUCAGCCUUACACUUCCAGCCAUUACCCUUACUACAGGCAUACCAGCAAUCAGCCUUAUACUUCCAGCCAUUACCCUUACUACAGGCAUACCAACAAUCAGUCUUACACUUCCAGCCAUUACCCUUACUACCAUGACACCUCCCACCAGCUUUACACUUCUAGCCUUUACCCUUACUACAAAAGCUCUAGCAGCCACCCUUACGAUUCGAGCCGUUGCCCUGACUUCUCUGGAAUCAGUUGCCAGCCUGACUUCUCUAGCCGUUAUCCUCACUACUCUACCACCAGCCAGCCUGACUUUUCUAGCCGUUAUCCUCACUACUCUACCAGCAGCCGGCCUGACUUUUCUAGCCGUUAUCCUCACUACUCUACCAGCAGCCAGUCUGACUUUUACAGUUCUAAACGUUACCCCCUCGACUCUACCACCAGCGAGCCUUACACUUCCAGUUCUAGCCGUUAUCCUCACUACUCUACCAGCAGCCAGUCUGACUUUUACAGUUCUAACCGUUACCCCCUCGACUCUACCACCAGCGAGUCUUACAUUUCCAGUUCUAGCCGUUAUCCUCACUACUCUAUCAGCAAAAAGCCUUACACUUCCAGUUCUAACCGUUACCGUCACGGCUCUACCACCAGCCAGCCUUACUCUCCUAGCCAUUACCCUUACUUCUCUGGGUCCAACAGCCAGGAAUACACUUCUGGAAGGAGCACUACUAGCAGCCAAUCGACAAACUUCCAAGACUCCUCCAGUCGACAUUCGUUCUUAUUUGAAACUCCAAGCAGACAACCCAGCUCAUCAAAACAUCCAUGGGACAUUUCUGAACCGCUCACCAAUCCCGGGACCGACGAACCCCCAGAGGACCUAGACUGUGAGGAGGAAGAGGAAUUCACCGAGGAUUAAUUAAAGGGCAACCCUCUUUGAGAUGGAAUGAAUCAAUUUACUAUUAAUUACUUUACUCUCUCCCUGUACCGUCAGUUACAUAAGUCGGAGACCAGUCGACGCCACGCUUGUCUGUCCCUGGUCAUUAGUCACGUCCUCCAAUUUCGGCAAAUCCAGGCCCUGGGCGAUUGGAUCAUCCCUUAUUGUGCCUCUAUAGCUUUCAGUUGGUCUUCCUUGUUUUCUUUUUCCGAUUAGUUUUCCAUGCCAUGUCUGAAAAGGCAAUUUAAUCUUGUCUCUGGCAUUCUUAGAACACGUCCUACGUAUCUCCACCUUCUCCUUUUCAUGGUUGUAUUGAUACCUUCAAUUCCAGCUCUUUCCAACACUUCACAACAUGUAUUUGUAAUACAUUAAUUCCGGGUUUUUACAUUGCAGUCUAUAUGUUCGCACUAAUGGCACACUGAAAGACUAGAUAGUAGAAUACAAUGACAUGCACUACGUAUCUCUACAUUAAGAAAAAAUGACAUGAAUAAGGUGUUAAGAUAUUGAAGCGUUCUGGGACCCAUUCAUACAGCUACAUAAUAAUACAUACCAUGUAUUCCCUGCCAGAGGCUCCAGUGUUUUGGCAUUUGUUUUAUUGAUAAAAAGAGUCAUACAAGAAAAUACAAAUAAACUAUUCCCAUGGUGGGAC